UGGUCACUUUUUGAUGUUACUUAAUGAUUGGAAGUUCUUGCUUUAAUCCAAAGGGAACUCAAAUAAAUAGCAAAGCACAGGGACAGAGAUUUCCACUCAGUUCCAAUGGCUACCUUUGGAUAUCCUGAGAUUUUCUUCUUCACCUUCAUCGUUAUUCUCCUUCCUGCAGUUUUGAGAAGUAGAAGCUGGAGAAAAAGCUCGGGGCCCACGAAUUGGCCGCUGCUUGGGAUGCUGCCCUGGCUUCUUCGAAUUUCUCGUCGGAUCCAUUCUUCUGCAACACAACUUAUGAAUGAAUCUGGUGGCACGUUUGAGUUCAAAGGUCCCUGGUUUUGCAAUAUGGACAUGUUGAUUACCUGUGAUCCUGCCAACAUCCACCAUAUCUUUAGUAGAAAUUUCUCAAACUAUCCAAAGGGUCCUGAAUUCAGGAAGAUUUUCGACGUCUUGGGAGAUGGGAUUUUCAAUGCUGAUUUUGAAUUGUGGGAGCUUCACAGGAGAACGACUCUGUCGUUCUUCAGUCACGCCAGGUUCCACACUCUCCUUGGAAGGGCUGUUUGGGGGAAAGUGGAAACUGCACUUUUGCCCGUUCUUGACAGUUUCUUGGAACAAGGGGUUGCAGUUGAUUUGCAAGAUAUUUUCCAGAGGUUCAGUUUUGAUAAUAUCUGUAAGUUGGUCUUAGAUUACGACCCGCAGAGCCUGUCUAUCGAUUUGCCUUACGUUCCAUGCGAGAAGGCGUUCAAUGGUGCCAUUGAAGCCCUGUUGUACAGGCACAUACUGCCAGAGAGCCUGUGGAAGCUGCAAAAAUGGCUUGGAGUCGGUAAAGAGAAGAAACUUAUGGAAGCUUGGAAGGCCUUUGAUGAAUUCAUAUACCCGCAUAUUACCUUAGGGAACGGAGAGCAAAAGGACGAUGCCAAGUUGUUAACAACAUUCCGAAAGGCAUAUGAAGAGAAAAACAUAGGUUCUUCCAAUGGUUUAAGAGUCUUUCUGAGGGACACUGCGCUAAGUUUGAUGUUCGCAGGCAGAGAUACCACAAGUACUUGUCUUACAUGGCUUUUCUGGCUAAUUGCCAAGAACCCCCUAACGGAAACCAAGAUCCUGGAGGAGAUGGAGUCCAAAUUGCAGCUGAAGGAGGACAAGAAGUGGAGGUUCUUCAGUGUGGAAGAGUCCCGCAAGCUAAUUUACCUCCAUGGAGCAUUGUGCGAGUCACUCAGGCUGUUCCCUCCGGUGGCUUUGGAGCACAAGGCUCCAAUUGCACCUGAUACCCUUCCCAGUGGUAACUACCUCGAACCAAAUACUAAAAUAAUAGUGUCAUUCUACUCAACAGGAAGAAUGGAGUCAGUAUGGGGAAAAGAUUGCUUGGAAUUUAAGCCUGAGAGGUGGAUUUCAAAGGGAGGAGGAACAAAGCACGAGCCAUCAUACAAGUUUCCAGCAUUUAACGCCGGGCCAAGAACCUGUCUUGGUAAAGAAAUGGCGUUCGUUCAAAUGAAAAUGGUUGCUGCCGCUAUCAUAUAUCAUUACAACCUUCAACUUGUGGAGGAUCAUCCAGUGACCCCGAGUGACUCAGUAAUACUUCAGGCCAAACAUGGAUUGAAGGUCAGGUUGUUCAGAAGAAAUGUCUGAUUAAUGAGGGCAAAGUUUGGGGUAGCUUGUAAUGAUAUAAUGACUGAGAAUUGCAAUCUUGCUAGCUAUUUUUCAUCUCAACAAUUGUAAUAACCAUCUUAAGUACCUUAUUGUUUUGUUGGCUGUAAAAUUCAACUGCAUAUUUAAUGAAAUAAAGGGAGAUGUGAACUAGUUCA